AUGACAACAGACCGGAACUACACCGGGCAUAGCACCCACACCUUGGACAAGAUCUCCGAGUGGCUCUGGGCCGACAGGUCAGAAGGUGAUGCGAAGGAGGAGAUCGUGGCUGGCCACAGAUGUCAACAGCAUGGGAGCCGAGAGGAGACAUAUUAUGCUUCCAGUUUCUGCUACUGGCUUCCAGAGAUUCAUGACACAAUGCGAACAAUGCCGCUGCUGAAGUGGCGAGGAGGCCCGUAUCCAAAGGUCCUCGACAUGGGUAAGGAUGUCCGAUAUCGCCGAGGCAAGUGCGUCAAGGCCGCUGUGUGCCACAAUAACGGGCAAACGGAUGACGGGACCGUGACCUCUACCUCGUUUGCCGAAGAAGUGGCCGUAAGGGAAGGCUGCCUUGGUGAAAGGGAGAUUCUAAGCAAAUGUGAGAGAAGCGUGGAGGAGGCCAAUGCCGAUCUUAAGAGUACGGUACUCGUUUGCGAUGCAGUUGAAAAAAGACACAGGAAGGCAGUCAAUGAUCUCAAUGCUUGUUUGAAGUCUUUGGCAGAGCUGCCGGGGCAGAUUCAGUACACCUUCCCACGGAGAAUCCGCGAGCAAGACCGCCUGAUCAACAGAAAGAGAUCGGAUUUGUCCGACGCGAAGUCCAAGAGAGAAUCGGCAAAAUCACACAUUCUCUUGACUUGUUCUGGCUUCAGCUUGUUCAGUCCGCCGUUUUGCUCGUAUUCCCUCAGGAAAGAAGACUUGCACAAGUACAUAAGGUGCAACAAUUGCAAGCGCUCGCACAACAAGCUCUCCAGUGCAAAGAGAGCAGAAAGCGGGGCGCAAAGUGCGCUGAGGCGCGCUGAGUCUGACCUUCGAUCUCUGGAAGCGAAGCUACGAGGAGCUGAAGUGCGUCUCCAAAGAUGUCAAAAGGAGAUUCCUUCCUUGGAAAACGUGAAGGACAGCUUGGACAAGGAGUGGCUGCCGCAAGAGAAGCAUUGCCGUGUGGCCGCGGCAGAGUACCAGAGAAAGCAACAGCAGUUCAUCCCGGAAUGUGCUCGAGACCACUACGACCACUCAUGCGAGAAAUCUUGCCUGGAAACCAGCAGCGGUGGUUGUGCUGUCGUGGAGGGCAACAAGGAUGGGGCAUCCCAUGUUCGUGGGGGAGUUCAUGUCCCAUGUGCACCACCUGAGCCCUCGUGGAUUCUGGGGCCCCGCCGAGAUGCCGAACAAGAGUCCUUGGAGAAGCAGUGCCAGAGGAUUGUGCAGGUCCAACAUCCCCAGUUUGCACAAAGCAUCCUUAAAGUGGGCUGGCUGUGGAGGAAGGGCCGAGUGUGGGGCUGGGACAAGCACUUCACUGUGUUUGAGUCUGCUGAUGCUGUGCGCUCAGCUGUUCUACGCUUCUACGAAGACGACCCCUCCUCCAACCAGAAGACUUCAGCUUCAGCUCCAUCCAUUAUCCUGUGGGAUGCGAAAGGUGUAAAAACCAAAGCUGGCCCACACUAUGGCUUCAAGGAUGGAGAGUUGUGCUUCAAGCUUUACCACUUCUACACCGAUUACAGAUUCUGUGUUCCAAGCGACGUGCCCGGUGACAAGUCUGCUGAACGAGCUGAGUGGAUGGAUUUGCUGAGCUCAAACAUGAACUUUUCGGACUGGAAGUAA